AUCAGUGCGGGGCAAGGAAAGCGCGGAGAGCCUAUGCCGCUAGCGCGGCUACCAAUCGUUGCACUUCACGAUAUUCAGUCUCAGUGUGCGGAUCGUCUUCCCGUUUCUAGUUUCCACGUUCAUUCGUUUUGUAGCAGAUCUUUAAAUAAUACUUUCUUUGAUUUUGUUCUGACUUUUGUCAAUUGUCAACGUGUGAACGUGUGAAACACAAUGUCUCUCGUCUACAAAAAUACGAUGAACGCGAUUGGCAAGUACGUGCCCCAGAAGUUCCAGCCACUGUGGAAUCACCCAGCUGGUCCGCAGACUAUAUUCUUCUGGGCACCAGCUUUUAAAUGGGGACUUGUAAUAGCUGGCCUCGGUGAUCUGCAGAGGCCAGCAAGUCAAAUCUCCGUUAGCCAAUCGUCUGCAUUAGGCCUUACUGGUUUGAUAUGGACAAGAUACGCCUUAGCGAUCACACCAAAAAACUGGAGCCUCUUUAGCGUAAAUCUGUUCGUCGCUAUAACAGCAUUAUACCAAGUUAGUCGGGGACUAAUGUACCAAGGUGAACCAGCAACUGAAACAACAGCGAAAAAAAAAUAGCGACUACGUCCAGAUAAUAUACAUUCCUAGGGAUCCAAAUAUUUAAAUGUAUAUAUUUAGCAUACUAGAUUCAUUUUAGCGACUUGAGCGGAAUAUAUCCGACUUAGGCAAUUUCUAACAAAAUUAAAAUACAAAUUAGGUAGUUAGGUAAAUGACGCGAAUUCAUAAUCAGCAUUAAGUAUGGACUUCCAUGAAAAUUCCAUAGUAAAAUUAUAAAUACUACAAAUUCAAGUAAAAACAUAUUGCAUGUAUAAAAUAGAGAUACAUCACAUGAACAAUCAUAAAAUUUCGAAGAUCAACAAUCAUGAAUUAGAAGUCAAAAAUAUGAAUAUCAAUACAGAGAAAUUAGAUUACAUAAACUAAUAUAAAACACUAGUCGUAAAUCACCAAAAUUCAAAAUUUAGGACAUUAACACUAACAGAAAGUAAACAAUAUCAAUUAUUAUAUUAUGUUCAAAUACUAAGAAAGGGAUACAUAUUAAGCUGUGAUAUCGAAGGUAAGGUGCUGUUUGUAUCUUUAUUCCAUUUAGUAACGCAUAAAUAAAUUCUAAAUCCUAAACUAAGUACAAAUGUACCAACAGAAUACAUAAGAUAUGUAUAAUUUCAAUGUGCAGUACAACAUUGAAAGGCAUUCUAUAUUGUAAACUAAAACACCAAUCGAUAGUACACCAAUAUACUAGAUUUAGGUGAACUUGCUUAUGUACAUACCUACCUCUAAGUAAUAAUGUACAAUUUACUGAUCUUAACGAUUCGCAACACUGAUGCUGAAGCACUCGAGGAAGUAGAAAAUGUACAAAUUGUAUACCAAGUUCGAUAACAUUACAAUUGCCUUGUAUAAUAAAGUAAUAUAUUUUUCUAAA